UAAGCCCGUUAAAACCAUCUUAACAUCAGCUGCUGAGAGAUGCCGGGAUGCGGCCAGGCAUGCGCACAACCUCAAGCAUGAGCAUUCCGGGACAUGCAUAACUAUCAACACAUACUGCAUUCUACAGCCAUCCCCCACAAGCGACUGCGCCGUCUAGACUUAUCCUCCGCCAGAGCAGUAUAUUCUGGGAGAAUUGGUUUACAACAGCAGCACUCAUAUUACCAGUAUCCAUAUAAUUUUCUUAGUAUCCUUUACUGUUAACAGUGUGACCGGGCAGGUGUUGUUGUGGGACUCUUGGAGGAAUGCGGUGGAUUGCGGUGAUAACGCUGGCAUGCCUGGGCCUGGGAUCCAGUGCCCUGGAGUGUUCCGAGUUCAUGCAUAUUCGUCCGGGUGAAGUGUUCGGGCCAAAAGCCGAAACCUGCGAACCGGGCGAGGUGUGUAUGGCACAGUUCACCAAGACAGAAACGAACGGAAAAGUGGAAGUGCAGCCCCACCGCAACUGCGUGAAGAUCAACCCCAAGACCAAGAUGGGCUGUUCCAUAACCAUUAAAGACAUCCAGGUGUCCUGCUACUGCGACACGAACGGUUGCAACGCCGAACGGAUGUACGGACUGCAGACAUUCGACGACGUGAUGAACGCAGCGUGCUCUACGACCUUCAGCUGGGUCUCCUUCACGGCCGUCCUCGUCGCCCUGGUCGUGGCCGCUUAAUGGCUGACAUAUGUAGAUUUAUAUCCUGCCUUGUACAUUAACCAAAGGCUAAAAUGACGCCGCUGUACAGCUUGUAUGUUUUGUGAUUAAUUAUCUGUCUUGUGGCUCAUGCAGUGCGAAAAACAGAAUUUCUACACCGGUACACUGUAGUCGGGGUUUUUUAAAUUCUCGGUGUUGGCAGUUAGAAAGUAAUUUUCGUGCCGGAGUUUCUCUUCCUUGUAGAAUUCUCGAUGGCAAAGCACAGUAGAGACGUAUCGUAUUACGAAAUAAAUUACAA